AUGGCUAUCAGAAAUUUCGUUUUCAAGAUUAGCAACUAGAUUUAAAACUUAGCUGCCAAGAGAAGUUUAGCUUACUUGAACUAAAUCGAUUCUUAGUCUGUUCCUUCUCGUGCCACCAUCAACAUGAAGGACUAAGUUACUCAAAUGUAGAGAGAAAUCGAUAAUAUGGCUAAUGUCAUUAGAGCUUAGAUCCCUGAUGAAGACAGAGCUGAAUUUGAAAUCCUUAAAAAGUACUACGUUACCGGUCAACACGACUCCUUAGUCGAUCCCCAAGAUGUUCUCCUUCAACUCGACAGAAUCCAAGUCCUCAAGAAUCUUAAGAUGAUCGAAUUAAACGAAGAAGCUUAUGACCCCGAACUUGUCAGACUUGAGAAGCUCAAGGCUAGAGUCUUACUUGAAGAAGAAGGUGCCCUUUUGGAAUAUGCUCAUUUCAUUUCAAAGAGACCUUACAACAAGCCUUAUGAAAAAUGGGGUGUUAGCGAAGAACACGUCAAGCAAUAAAUUCUUGGUUGA